UCCCGCUUUAGGCAGGCAUGGAUGCCAGAUAAUUUUUGCCAUCAUCAAUUCCGAGUGUACGUAGCAACUAACAAAAGCAAGGACCUUUCAUUUUGUCUGCAUUCAUUCUCCUACUUCCUCAAUGAGUAGAACCAUCCACCCCAAAGCUAGCAUCUUCGGUCGUCCAGACAAUUUGUGGUAGUUGACUCCUUUUGCAUUUGUUUCCCAAAUUUACACGCAACUUACCACCUCCCAUCUGCCGCCUCUCAACCUUCACUUUGCCUUCAGUGUUAUUCCAUCUCACCACUGCAGCCACACAACACCACCCCAGAAGUAAACCAAACCCGAAUUUCAAAACAAGACAACAGAAGCACAAAUCAUAUUAGCCAUGGCUCCGGAGACUCCCAAGAAGGAAACACCCGCACCAACUCCCCAGGAGGCCGCCUUCUUUAUGUACGUCAUGAAGCAUAACAAGAACGCCCCGGAUGUGGACUGGGAUGCCGUGGCCCAAGAUGCAAACCUCAAGAAUGGCGGCUGCGCCCGGACUCGCUUCCGCCAGAUCAAAGCGAAACUGGGCUUCGCAGCCACCGAGACUGGAACCCCAUCCCCCGCCUCCAAGCCAGUCGGAGUGACCAAGAAGAGUGCCACACCCAAAACUCCGCGUGACAAGGGCAAGAAGAAGGCCGUGGAAAAAGAGGACAGCAUCUCUCAGGAUGAUUUCAAGAAGGAGGAGAGUCAGGAGGCUUCCGACGACAACCCAUUCAAGUUCACCAAGCAACAGGAGGAGGAGAAUGUCUUUGCUACUGCCUGACCAAAGAGCCGCUAUUGGAGGAACCGGGACUUUUGAACUCACCGCGACUUUCUCUACCUUGGGUUGCGGCAUUCUUCGGUCUGUUUUCACGGUCACAGUUUCUUGUUUUCCUCUCGCGCGGUACACAAGCCAAGGGACAAUGAAGCUUGUGGGCUACGGAGAGUCUGCAUAGUUGUUAUAUUGCGGCUUUGCUUGUCUUCAUUGAGCAGGUGCAUGCAGCUAAAGGAGGACUGAAACUGGGAGCAGUGCCAUGGAGGGAAAGCCCUUCUUGAGAGGGGGUAUUAUUUUCCAAAGUCUUAGGCUCUCAAAUAACAGUCACUCCAUCCAUAUCUAUCCUAGCUCGACUCCGCUCUACUAGAAUACCAGCAGACCAGUCAAAACCCUCUGUUUGGCUUCUUGUGGCGGUG